CCCCCGCCGUGUCGCCUUGCAGAGUUGGACCUGAAUACCAAGUGCAUCGUGGAGAUGGAAGGGAACCAGACGGUGCUGCACCCUCCGCCUUCCAACACCAAGCAGGGAGAAAG